AUGGAGGUAAUUCAUGGCAGGUCCUGCUGUUGCAGCGAGCUUGAAGGGGAUGAUCUGUCAGACACCUUUUGCUCUCAGGAAGUACACACUCCACUGCAAACACCUGCUCGCCCAACUGCCUCAGAUGACAGGUAUCAAGAAUUAAGGGAGUCAUUCCAACAACGCAGACUUUCCUGGGGUGCCGAUAGGGAAUAUUGUGGGAUGACACCAACCUCACUCCCCGCGGAACACAGGCCAAAAAGCGAACCUCCUCGUGUCAUGGGUAAAGGACACCAGCACUACGGAUUUGGUGGAGAAACCUGGCAAAGAAAGCUUCCUGUUGAACAAUUCUAUUAUUUGACGCAGAACAAAGGAAGUGACAUCUAUGGAAACGAUUCUUUGAGUCCCAAACCACCUAAUCCUACAGUAGAAGAAAUCUGCUGCCCGUAUCUUGUUGAACACCCCCACAACACCCACAUCUCUGGCUGUGCCAAGUUCCCGACCUUCACAUCACCCAAGGAGCUCUACGCUGGCAUUAAAGCACGCAGCCAACAGCCAUUUCCCCCAACUGUGCCAACGAAGGCUUACGAUACAACAAUUUUGAAGGCAAGAGGUAAUCCUUAUAGACAUGAACUGGUUGAUUUUCCCUCCGAUUCAAAGAAGAAAACCUCGACUUGGCCUGGUCAGGGUGUGUAUUACAAUUUUCCCAAAUGUGUUGAGAAAAAUAAGCCAGUGUUCUACCCGAAACCUCCUAAAUCCUUCGCUCCUAACACUUCUUUAAAUUCGUGGGAUCCUAUUAACUCUCUAAAAGAAGCCAACAUACAAAGAAAUCUUGAGAGGUCCCACUGGAUCACUUCGUACACUCAUGAUUUUACAGGUCUGGGGCCCAUGAAUCCUCCCGAACUGGCCAAUGACUAUGAAAAGGAGGUAGGUGACAUAACUGGACAGAUAGGAUUUGACCCAGAGCCUCAAGAAAAACUCAGUCCUGUCUUAAAACCUGUCAGACCCUUGGAAGGAAGAAUUGCCCGACUGAUUCAUGACCAAAGUCCUCUGGAGGCUACUGUCCAGGAAAAACCACCUUCCUGUCCAGAUUGUACCCCUGUAAUUUUGUGUACUUUUCACACCUUUAUACCCAGUUCUGAAGAAAUGAGGGCACUUAAUGAUAACACAUGGGCCAACGUCACCCAUGAAAACCAGGGCAUUGAAGAGAAGAUUAAGGAAGAACAAAGCUUGCUAUCUAAGUAUGCACUUCCAUCUCGUUACCCAACAAAAGAUUUGACUGACAUUUAUGACAUGAAACCAUUUCCAAAAGUCACAGAUAGUAAAAAGACAGAGGAUUUGUACUGGAGACAGCUAGCAUUAAAACCCCAACCUAUACCUUAUCCUAAAGCAAACAAUUACAUUCACUAUGAAUAUUUUAAAUCUGACCAGUAUACUGUGUGUCAAGAUCCUACUCGUCCUAGUAGGCCUAGUACUUUACAAAAUAAACAAGGCACUGAAGCCUUCACUUUAGAACAGUUUUUCGGUAAACCAGAAGAACAUCAGUUGGCCUUGAACAUGGAAAACAAUGAAGAAAGAAGACCUGUUCUGGGUUGGAUUCCUAGAACUGGAGUGGCCAAACCUCAGACCAACCUGCUGGGCCUUAAGAACUCUUCUUCGAAAUCCGCUGUACGAAAACGUUUCCAUAAAUUAAUUCUAGAUGACCAUAAAGGCUUCAGGGAUAAGGAGCAUUCAGGGAUGAAACACCAACUCUAUGGCCAUGAUUCCUAUUAUUUCUACAACUGA